GUGCGAGGGCAGCCUAGAGCCAUGAGACCUACAGGGCUGUCUGGGUGUUGGGAGACACCUCUUUCACUUCUUAUAACACUGCAAGAGACAGACAGGCUGGGUCUCACUGUGUCCAUUCUAAGGCUAAAAAACUGCAGCUCAGACUAGUUCAGCAACUCUCCUACAUCAUGUGGCUAAAGCUAAGAAUUGUGACCCAUUUUUCUGAAUCCAGGUCCCCGCGAUGCCCUGGGUUCAGAUCCUAACACCCUCCCAUCCCUGAGUGCUGGGGAUUUCAGGCAGCAGUGCCUCCUUUCAGGAAAUCACACACACACUGGAAACUCCUGCAUGCUCCUCUUACUAUAAUCUGUCACCAAAGGCUGGAUAUUCCUGUGCUGGGGCUUGUGCCAGCGCCUUGGGCUGCCAGGUGCUGCUUUCCAACUCCCACAUGGGCUGCCCUCCCCCCACUGCUCCUCACAGGGCCCCCACUCCACCUGCUCCCAGACGAGGCCGACUCCUGGCCAAGCUCAGGGGCACAGCGGAGGCGCUCUGUUUCUGAUUUUUCUCGCCUUCCUUGGAGAUGCCUGUGCUUGGAAGGGAAGGCAGAACAUUGCAUCUUGGAACAAAUCUGCUUUUGAUCAUGCAAAUGAAUGCCUGGUUAAUGUAGGCAGACUGUCAAUUUCACCAGUUAGAAAGAAAGAGAAAAGGGGGGGAAAUUCCUCAUGACAGCGCCUGAUGAAGAAUUUCAAUAGAAAGCUGCUACUUCAGAAAAUAAGAUCAUUUGCCGCGAAUGGAGAACAUCUCAGGCAGCCCUGAUGCUCCACCGAUGACCGAGGGAGCAGGGUCCUCGUCAGUUCCUGACCGUUGUGUCACUCCAGCUGACAGUGCUGCUAUGGGGCCCAACGGCACCUGAUCCCCACCUCCUGAGGUCUUGGAAUAGACGUCCAUCUCUCCAUAUAUCCUCGCAGAGAGAAGCCUACUCAGAGUGGUUACUGAAAACAGGAACCUGCCCUUCUGCAAGCCCUGUGCCUUCCUCGUUCCUAGCAGAGGAAGUAUGCGGCCAGUUUAGCAACUGCAGUUCUUCUGGGUAGCAUGGGCUGCUUCUCCACACUCGCGAGAGGCCCGGCUGCCUGUUUAUUCCGGAGCAGCAGCAGUUGACAGACGGAGAGGCAGUGACUCUGCGCCCAGCAAUCCCUCUGCAGACAGCUCCCACAGAAGUCAUGCACAGUGUGUGAAGGCUCUGGGCAUCACCAGCGGCCCCAGGGAAAAAGAAAGAAAUGGGAAACAGCAUGAAAUCCGCCCCUGCACCUGCCGAGAGGCCCCUGCCCAACCCAGAGGGACUUGAUAGCGACUUCCUUGCCGUGCUGAGUGACUACCCAUCUCCUGACAUCAGUCCCCCGAUAUUCCGCCGAGGGGAGAAACUGCGUGUGAUUUCUGAUGAAGGGGGCUGGUGGAAAGCUAUUUCUCUUAGCACUGGUCGAGAGAGUUACAUCCCUGGAAUAUGUGUGGCCAGAGUUUACCAUGGCUGGCUGUUUGAGGGUCUGGGCAGAGACAAGGCCGAGGAGCUGCUGCAGCUGCCAGACACAAAGGUCGGCUCCUUCAUGAUCAGGGAGAGUGAGACCAAGAAAGGGUUUUACUCACUGUCGGUGAGACACAGGCAGGUAAAGCAUUACCGCAUUUUCCGCCUGCCCAACAACUGGUACUACAUUUCCCCGAGGCUCACCUUCCAGUGCCUGGAGGACCUGGUGAACCACUAUUCUGAGGUGGCUGAUGGCCUGUGCUGUGUGCUCACCACACCCUGCCUGACACAAAGUACGGCUGCCCCAGCAGUGAGGGCCUCCAACUCACCUGUCACCUUGCGUCAGAAGACCGUGGACUGGAGGAGAAUGUCCAGACUGCAUGAGAACCCUGAGGGAACAGAGAACCCAAUUGGGGUAGACGAAUCCCUUUUCAGCUAUGGCCUUCGAGAGAGCAUAGCCUCUUACCUGUCCCUGACCAGUGAGGACAACACCUCCUUUGAUCGAAAGAAGAAAAGUGUCUCCCUGAUGUACAGUGGCAGCAAGAGAAAGAGCUCAUUCUUCUCAUCACCACCUUACUUUGAGGACUAGCCAAGAACAGACACAAUGGUUCAUGCCCAAAAGGAACAGAAGUUCCAACUAUUGCCUGGGAUCUUGCAAAAAGCAAGGUUCCCUGAUCCCCGGGAACCUCACAUAUUUUAAAAGCCAAGAGAAGCCACACGGAGACUCAAAUUCACAUCUUCUCUAUCCACAUCGUGACCAAAGGAACCGCCCCCCCCCGGUGUCUGAUCAGGGCUGUGGCAUCACGAAACAUUGGAUCAUGACAUGUCAGGCGAUGCUUGGAAAAGCCCAGCAUGUAUGUAUGCACACAUUGUGUGUGUGGGAAGGACAAAGCCACUCGCACAAGAAAGUGCACCAGGACUGUUCUCCAAGGAACUGCACCUGUCCAGAUAGUACUCUGAGGUCAUUGGAGAGAACUUCUGCAUGGGCAAGCCUGAGAGGGAGAGGAAACAAAAGCUGUGGCCUGGCAGAAGGUCUGGGUUUGCAGAUGGGUGCCCUGAAUGGAACUACUUUAACCAAUCCAUAGGGACCUCUGGUAUGAUUUCCUCUCUUUUUAAAGGAACUUCGUGACACUAAACAUUAGCCCAAAGGACUUCUCAGCCUUCAAAUGGGAGAUACCUUUGGCCUGCUCCCGCACCAAAGCCAUGUGGGUGGAAGUCAGAUGGCCCCCCUGAUUCUGCAGAGGGCCAGAAGAAUGAGAGGAAGGCUGCUGGCAGGGAAAUCAAGGGGACGAGCCUAGAACUGCACCAGCUUCCCUGAUGUCUGCAGUCAUGGCUUUGCAGCGCAGACAGAGCUUCUCUGAGAUGCUGGGAUUCUUGUCUGUAUGAAUGCAUCAACUAUUCAUUUAUUGCCUGAAUAGGCAUUGCAUUAAGUCCUGUGUAAGGUGUCAGGCAAGCCAAAAAAAAAAAAAAAAAAAAGAUGCAUAAGUCCCAACCCCCAACAGAGGUGUUCACAGUGUAGACAGGGAAAAAAAGUGUAUAAACAAAUGUGUAAAAAGAGAAAUCAGCUCAUGGCUUAGGAUGGAAUUGGAGACAGGUGAGAGACACUCAGGAGCUCAUUUUCCAGCUGCUCUUCAGAGUGGAAGGGCUGGCUGGAUCGGGUAGGUAAGAAUAGCUGGAUUUUUUUUUUUUUUUUUAAGAAAUGGAUGCAGUCUAAAGAAUUAACUCACCCAGUACUUUAUUCUAAGAAGGGUCUGGCAUCCAUAUGAGGAAAAAUGCUGAACUCCAGGAAAGAUGGGGAGUUCAAGUGGAUUAAUGAUGUCACACAUAAUUUUAAGAGACAAGGGAGAAAACACAAUGUAUAGCCAGAGAAGGAGAAGCUGCCAUCCAAAUCCUGCUAGGAAAAGAGUGGGCUGCAGAUGAAUCUAUGACUCAUGUUUCCCGGUUUCAAAGGGAUUCUGGGGAAGGAGGGGAACAUGCUUGCAGUACCUCUCCCUGUCUGUCUGCUCACAUAAGCAUUCCGUCCAUCUGAGCUCAUCGUGCUAGUGGUAUGUAUAUGUGCAGUUACACGACUUUCUGUAUCAUAGAUUCCAGUGUGUUUAUACAAGGAGACAUCUGUGGUUUCCCCAACAAUUCCAAAAGGCUAUUUCAAAGGAACCAGCCAACGUAUGAGAAAUGAAUGUAACACUGUGGAUAUUGACUUCCCACAUAAGGCAGGUGACCCCCUGAACUCCAGAUGUCUGCACAGCAUCUUAUGUUCUUAUGUAUUGUUUUCUGUUGUGAAGAAUGUGAUUGGAAUGUUUGGGGAGCACCCAAAGGGAUUUCUAAAUGGGAAGCAUUACACUUUGCUAAAUCAUGUAUUUAUUCCUGAUUAAAAUAAACCUAAUAAAUAUUUAACCUUUAGCA